AUGUCACAUAAGCGAAACCUCAAUCUGGCAGAGCUAUACAGCAUCCAAGGAUCAGCUUGUAUAGUCACAGGAGGUGCAUCGGGCCUGGGCUAUAUCGUCUCGCAAACACUCGUCCAGAACGGCGCGAAAACACUUUACAUUACGUCACGCAAGGUAGAUCAGCUGAAGCAAGCCACUCACGAGCUACAGAAGCUGAGCCCCUCGUGUGCUGUCAAGUACAUCCCUGCAGACCUCUCCUCGAAAGCUGGCGUUGAUGUCGUCGUGGACCAUGUCAAAGCGAGGGAAGAGCGGAUCGACAUUCUAGUGAAUAACUCAGGCGCGACAUGGGGCGCAAAGCUUGAAGAUUUCCCCGAAAAGAAAGGCUUUGACAAUAUAAUGGCACUUAAUGUGAAAGCAACGUUUUACAUGAUUGUCGGUUUGGCAGACCUGUUGGCUAAGGGGAAGAGCAACAUCGAGCCAGCGCACGUUGUGAACGUGUCAUCUGUGGCCGGAGUGGUUACGAGUGCUCAAUCUGGUGGACUUGUAUCGCCAGAUGCGGGCUCGUGGUCUUACGGCGCUAGCAAGGCAGCUCUCAAUCAUCUCACCAAGACGCUCGCACAGACUCUGAGCAGGAAACAUAUCAUGAUCAAUGCUGUGCUGCCUUCUGUGUUUGAAACGCGUAUGACUCGCCACGCCGUCGCGGAUCACAUGGACGAACUCCUGUCUAGUCAGCCCACAGGCCGCCUAGGACAGGACAGCGACAUUGCUGCAACCCUUCUCUUCUUGGUGAGCAGGGGCAGCUCGCAUGUCACUGGUAAUCUUAUCGUGCUCGAUGGCGGCUCGACAUUGUAG